GAUUAUUAUUAUUAAUAUGACGACGGCGAUGGGCGGUUUCGUUUACCUACCGUUUCCUUUGCAGUUACCUGUGCGCCAGCCUGCAGCACUGCUGCCACUUGUUCCCGCAGUACGCAGUCCAGCCGCGAAAAUACAGCGGACGCCACAUGUGCCACUUGUGGCAACUGCCCGAGCCGAGGGAGACGGAGGACGAGGUGCGCGUCCAGCUGGACAUCCUGCGGGAGACGUACCUGCAGCGCAGGCAGUGCCACUGCGCCGACAGCCACGACGGCCUGUCGCCUGAAGGGCGGCUCUACGGCAUCGCACGGACGCUGGUGCAGAGGCGACGCUACAUCGACCUGCACUGCUACAAGCCGGACCCCGAGGAAGCGUCGCGGGGCAACGUGGUGGUGCAGCGGUCGUUCGGCAAAAGGCGCUAUUCGGUGCAGAAGCGGCUCGAGUGGACAGAGGGCGUCUGGCGACAGGUCGGCUUCAGCGGCCGCCUGCGGGCACCCGACGGCGAGCCCGUCGUCGCGCUGCUCGGGGGCUGCGAGCCGGACAAGCCGGACCGAGUCUCCGCCGGGUUAUGCAUGGCGCGCCUCUAUCCGAAGAAGUCGCCCUUCUUCAAGCGUUUCGGCAUCCUGCCCCGCCCGCUGUACCACGUGAAGGCCGUGUGCUUCAACAGGACCGUCUACGUGGUCGGUGAGUACCCGACUUGGGUCACAAUAAACACAGACCUGCAUGUACUGACACCCACCGCAUUCACUCGAUGACUGUGACGUUCCGCUCUAUGUGACAAACGGCUCUCUCGGUGAUCUGCGUCAACUGAACCCAACUUUCCAAGAAAUUUUUUUACCUAAUCAAUCCAAUAAAUAUAAUUCAACCAUCAAAUGCGUUUUUCUUGCCUCGCCAAUCAAUGAAUCGAUAAAUCAUAUUUAACAUACACUACAUACGUCUUCUAGGGCUAAAAGCUGUCGUGGGCAGCUUGACGGUAUCAACAGUGUCACCACAGCGUCAUCACAAGUUGUCAGCAUCAGUGUCAUCGGCAUCACU